GACCAUGUGCCCAAAGUAACCACAAUCCAAAACUGGAUUGGUCAUUAUUCUAGAGAAUUUAAUCAACAAGGAACAUCCAUCGUACUUGAAAUUUUUAAAGCUGCGAGUUCUCCAAAUGAAGAAAACUA